CCCUCCUCUCUGUCAGCAGCAGCACAGAGCCGCUGACGCAAAGUUCAUGUCCAAACGGAAACAUACGGUGCGGACCUCAGACGGAGGAGGAUGACAGAGAAUACAGGGGUGGUGAAGUUGUGUCGUUACGCAGGGACUACUUUAAGCUGGCCUUAAGUGAACUGAAUGAAAACACAGAAGCCCCCCUACCUGGACGCCAUCGGGGAACUAAGUGGAUUGAAGAAGGCAGAGAGCAAGUGAGGGAGUCGGAGAGGGAGGGAAGACAGGAGGGAUUAGCAGCUAAUCCGGUGCAUGGACAAUCCUGGAUGAGCCUUAUUUUUUCUUCCAGGAUGAUGCAGACCAAACAGUCGCUGGAUUACGGCACUUUACUUUAUUGCCCUUUUCAAGAAAGCAUCACCCUCCUUUUCCCUUUGCUCUGAUUGUUUUCAUUGCCUGUGGAAGGUCUGCCGUCGUGGGUGCAGAGGGACCAGGCAUGGUAACAGGACGUCCCAUGGACAGUUUGGUGCCACACAUGGAUAAACCUCUUUAGUGGGAGUCGGUGCAUGGCAGUGGACCCCGAGCUCUUUCUGCUUGGACUUUGAGGAAGACAAGUGCAGGACAACUUGUCGGAUGAGACGCACAAGAUCCUCUCAAAAAUCGAGAUCUAUUGGAGACACAUGGAAAAGGACUCGCUGCCAUGGGCCCUAAACUGGAAUUCAAACUUCACUGACAUAUAAUCAGAGUUCAGACGCUCUCACUCAAAUAAAAAGGGGAAUUACUCAACUUCCUGCCACCAUGAGUCUGGGAAAACUGCCAGGGAUUAAGGGCCUUGUGUCCGGCUCUCAGGGGAAACGUCGUUUCAAGAGCGAACUCUCUGUGGACAUGAUCAGCCCACCGCUGGGUGACUUCCGACAUACUAUGCAUGUUGGCCGUGGCGGGGAGGUGUUUGGUGACACAUCCUUCCUAAGCAACUACGGGGGCGUCAGGGAGCCAGGCAGCCCGGACUCGGCGAACAGCUCCAAGACGACCGGGUUCUUCACACGCACCUUUCGGCAUGUGAGGAAGAACUCUGGGCCGCGGCCGCGAGGGUGCUCCCGUGACUUGUCGUCCCUGCCACCGGACGUCUCACCCAUCAUCAAGAAUGCAAUUUCCCUGCCCCAGCUGAACAUGGACUCUCCCAAUGGGUGCCUACAGAGGGUGCUGUUCUCCAGCUCCGUCAGCUCAACUGAUGACUCCCUCUGCACAUAUGGUCUGCAGUCAGGAUUUGUCACUCUGCCCCGCCUCUCUCGCCUUGACAGACAGUUUCAGGAUGGAGACGUCCGGAAAGGGUCUCUACCAGACAGCGGUGGCUUCAUGCUGACACGUUCAGACUCCCUCACCUCGUUCACUGUAGACCUUGGCCCCUCCCUUAUGACUGAGGUACUGAACUUGAUUGACAACCCCAGCUGCCUCCAGAUGUCCAAUCACAGCCAGGCAGCAGGUGAGGAAGGAGAAGGAGAGGAAGAGGAAGAAGAGGACGACAGCUCACUAACAGAGACGCCUGUGCAGAGCCCUGGGGCGACUUCACCCAACCCUUCCAUGGGUAGUGGGUCAUUCAGCAGGAACAUGAACAACAGGGGGCGCUCUGGUAGCUCCAACUGGGCAGAGCAAGAGGAGGAGAGGAGGUCACUGAGGACGCCAGAUGAGUGCACUGGGUCUCCUCUGAGAGCCGAGCCUGCGAUUGAGGCAGAAAGGUUCCAGAGGGCAGCUGACGUGCUGUCUCGCCAUUACGGUGGCGGGUCCUUUACACAGGGAAGGAGGAUGAGCAACGACACCACCUCGCCUGCUUUUUCCCAAAGCCGCAAAACACCGUGUGCCUUUUCUGAAGAGGAGGAAGAGAUCAAAGUCUAGAUGCUGAAAGUCUUUCAGAAAAAAAAGCAGU